CUAGGCAAGUAGGCAACCACAACUACACGGUAUUUGUGUCCAAAGAUUCAUCGCAUCGUCUUUUGCUUACUUUUGUCUGUUUGUUAUAAGAAUUCCUUCCUUUGCUUUCUUCCUUCACUCUCUCUCUAAACCCAACAAUCAAAGAAUCUCCGGAGACUGCAGAGAGGCAGAGAGAGCAGUGACGUGGCAGAGAGACACACAGUCUCCUAGAAAUGCGGAGCUUGCCUUUGGGUACUUCAAUUACAGUUUCUCCCGCUACUACAACUACAACUGCCUCCUCGAAAUCCUGUCUUCCCCCUCUCUCGGUUUCAAAAAAGCAACCACCACCCUUUUUGUGUUCUUCUUCUCCCAGGGUUUCUCAUGACCCAUCUCUUUCCAAAUCAGGGGUAUGCAGAGCUACUCAAGUUGUUGAUCUCUUUUCAACUCUGUCUCCUGAGAUUGUUGUUCGGGAGGCACGGUUAGAGGACUGUUGGGAAGUGGCUGAAACUCACUGUAGCUCAUUCUUCCCUGAAUAUUCCUUCCCUUUGGAUUUUGUAUUGCGAGUUGACAGACUGGUGGCAAUGCUGUCAGGAUUCUCCAUUCCACCUGGUUGCAGGAGAACUUGUUUGGUUGCUGUCAUUGGUGGUUCAGCUGAUGAUACAUUUUUAUUUGGAAGUGAAGAUUUCAAAAUUGGAGGUUUUGAUGGGAAAUUUAGUCUUAAUAGAGGUUAUGUGACUGGUAUAUUAACUGUGGAUUCUGUUGCUGAUUUUCUUCCUAGAAAAGGACCGCUCCGACAAAGAAGGACUGGAAUUGCAUACAUAUCUAAUGUUGCAGUUCGGGAGAGAUUUCGUAGGAAGGGAAUAGCUAAAAGGCUCAUAUCCAAGGCAGAAGCUCAAGCGAGGAGCUGGGGCUGCCGUGCCAUUGCUUUGCACUGUGAUUUGAACAACCCUGGGGCAAUAAAACUGUACAAAGGCCAGGGUUUCAGAUGCAUUAAGGUGCCAGAGGGAGCAAACUGGCCACAGCCCAAGACCUCACCAGAUGUGAAGUUCAACUUCAUGAUGAAGCUUCUAAACACCCCUACCAUGGCAUAAAUUCUUUAAUAAACAUCAAAAAGAUAAUUAGAAAACUCAUCAAAGAUGCAAAUAUGUAGGAUGUUUUAGUUGUAUAUAAUUUAAUCUGAUGGAAUUAACUUCAGAUAUUUGCACUUACUGUAUUUAUUGUAUCUGUAAUGUUAAUGUUACAAUAAGUUGUCUGUGUGGGCAAUACUCUUGCAAAGCUCUUGCUAGUUAUAAGAAAUUAUUUCCCUAGCUUGUUCCA